CAAGAAUUCAAAAUGUUUUCCAGAAUGAUGGCAGCUUUUUGGAAAUGUUUAAGAAGAUGCAAGAAGCCAAUAAACCACCAGAUGUUAAGGAAACUGAGGAGGCAGGGCAGAGUGCUGAGAGCAGUGUACCUGCUACAGCAAGUUCUCCAGAGACGACGACACCAUCUGUUGGUUUGAAAAGACCAACUGCGUCCCUUGUUGGAAAACGCCGUGGUGGUAGAGUGCUCCCUACAGGAAUGGUGAAAAAAGUAAGGAAGGUGGAGGAAGUGGAAGAAGAACCACCAAAAGAUGCAUGGUCCCUUUAUAUGGCUGAGGUGCGCAAAUAUAAGGAAGCCUCGUGUGAAGAAGAGGGAAAAACAAGGCCACUUGUUAAAUAAAAUGAAGGACUUUUAAUAAUUUUGUUUAAUAGGUGCGAAAAGAGAUCAUCAUAAUUUGAAAGAAUACUUUUUUCUGGAGAAUAGGUACAGUCUCUUCUCGCAGUAACAACUCUGAAGAUUAAAAUUUCUGCAUUUAUUUAUGUUGUGAUGUGUACUUUUGUCAAGUAUUUAGUUAUAGGAUUAUUUCUGGGUGAGACUGAAUGAGGUAGACACUGACAGUGUGUUUAGUGCUGUGGCGAUGUGGGGGAAUGCCUCAAGUGACCAAAAAGACUCUGCCACUGGCUGCUUGUAAAUAAGAAAUAUUUUUGAAUCUACAGCAUAGUAGUGAUGCCUUCUUAGGGAACUUCUCUACAAUGCGAAGCAAUUUAUAGCUGUAAACAAAUUAGUUUAGUGGACACAGCAAUGAACUGUCAUCAAAGAAAAAAGUACUGUUAUAUGAGAGGAUGCUUUAUUGUUGAUGUUGAAACUUUCUGGUGUUGUGUUUUGGCUGUUAUUUCCAGGGUCCUGAAAAUGAUUUUGAUGAUAUCGAUUUUAUAUAGAAUGCCUGUCGCCAUAAUGCCUGUUACUGAAGCUGCGGCAAAGGGCAAAGAAGAAAAGCAUGAGCUACGAACAGCUCCAUUUGAUCCAAGAUUCCCAAAUCAAAAUCAAACAAAGUACUGUUACCAGAGCUAUCUCGACUUUCAUCGUUGCAGAGCUCUGAAGGGUGAGAACUAUGAGCCGUGUGAUUAUUUCAGGAGGGUAUUCAAAUCCAUUUGUCCUAAUGCGUGGAUUGAAAAAUGGGACACACAACUUGAAGAGGGCAGAUUUCCUGGAAAAAUUCUGUAAUGUGUGUGUGCAUAUGCCCUAAGGCAUGAAAUGACAGUUUUUCCUGUAGUGUUGUUGUAAUGGUUAAUAAUGCUUUUGUAAAUGGAUCAUGUAAAUACAUUGAUAAAAUAUGCUUGAGAAGAUGGUAAUGAGUGUUUAAAAUGUUCUUCAAAUUUCAUAAACUUUAGUGUAUAUAAUAAAUUGUCCCUGACAGUUGAAACUGGUAAUGAACAAUUAAAGCUGUUUGUUACUUUUCAUUCCUGUCAGAAAUAGUUUCCUGAA